AUGUGCCUUGUCCUGGGCAGGAAGGAACAGAGCAAAAGAGUGGGCGAUUCAGAGGCAUCGCAACCAGAGGUGGGCGAUCAUCUCCUCAACAUUCAUGCCCCAGCCAAACGAUGCAGGCCACCGCUGCACCUGAAUUUCUGCCCUAAUCUUCAAGAUGCGAGCAGCCUUCCUCUGGGAAGCAUGCUUGGAUUCCUCACGUUUCUGCAGUGCGCAUGUGUUGAAAGUGUGAGAGGGUGGCACGCCAGCAUGCAUCAGGUGCACAACCAGCUUGCAGACAGUCAGCAGUAA